AGACCUGAGGUUCAACAAAAUCAAGGACUUACAGUCUGGCUCCUUUAAACGUCUAAAGAACCUCAACACACUCCUCCUCAACAACAACCAUAUCAGGCGGAUUCCCAGAGGAACCUUUGAAGACCUGGAAAACCUCAAAUAUCUCUAUUUGUACAAGAAUGAAAUCCAAUCAAUUGACAGACAAGCAUUUAAGGGACUUGUCUCUCUAGAGCAACUACAUGAAAUACGGUUGUCUGUGUAAUUCAUCUUGGCUGUUCAAUGUUCUGUUGUCCUUGGACAUCCUCUGGCCUGCCUUAACGUCCUCUACACUCUGAUGAGGGAAGAAUUCCAUUUUUCAGACAACACCCUACAUCUAUCUCUUUUAUUUUGAAGUCAAAGUCUUAAUGCAUUCAUAGUGUAGUAAAUGAAUGAUGUGCUAUAUCCACUGUUGCUCGAGAUUACCCAUUAUUUUUUUUUAUUGCUGAUCAGUGCAACUUUGCUUAACCUUUGCUUGCUUUGUCUGUUUAUGUUACGGAACCUAACAGUUACUGUACAGUGAGUAAUUGGUUUGCAUAUGUCAUUGUCCUAGCCUUACUGUAUGUUUAUUACCAUUAGUUCUGAGUUUUGUCUCUUUUAACUCAAAGGUGCUCUGGCAUCAAUCAUAGUUGCAUUCCAUUGAAUAACUGUCUGUAUCCGCAGAUGGGCGGAAAGUUAGCCUAUAGGGAAAGAGUUUACAGACGCUCAAUAUUAACUGUCUGGUAGGGAUACAUAUAGGCCUAGUGCAAAUACCUUCUCGUCUGAAUUAUGACUUAAAGUAUCCCUGAAAAUACAGGAUUGUAUUUUAACAUGUUAUGUAAUGGACAGGUUAAGGGGUUCUUGGAAGGCAUCAUGAAACCUAUUGGAAUGUACUGAAACUGCCAGUUAAAAUGUAAUUAUUUCAUUUCUGUGGCCUACUGUGAAAACAUGUCCAUCUAGUCUAAAUGAUCAUCCUAAUGUGGUGUUACUGUGCUGUGCCGAUGCUCUGCACUUUUCCAGGUACCUGCACUUCAACAACAUUGAGUCCUUGGAACCAGAAUCCUUCACCCAACUCCCAAAGCUUGAACGCCUGUUUUUGCACAACAACAGAAUCACCCAUCUCGUGCUGGGGACAUUUUCCCAUCUCCAGUCCAUGAAGAGGCUACGUCUGGACUCUAACACGCUGAACUGUGACUGUGAGCUGCUGUGGCUGGCUGACCUGUUGAAGCAGUAUGCUGAGUCAGGCAACGCCCAGGCUGCUGCCACCUGUGACUACCCCAGCCGACUGCAGGGACGAUCUGUGGCCACACUCACCGCCGAGGAACUGAACUGUGAGGUGCCCAGGAUUACGUCAGAGCCCCAGGAUGUUGACGUGACAUCGGGGAACACGGUGUACUUCACCUGCAGGGCCGAGGGAAACCCCAAACCACAGAUCAUCUGGCUCAGGAACAAUAAUGCUCUGAACAUGCAUGACGACUCUCGUCUGAACCUGCUGGAGGACGGUACUCUGAUGAUCCAGGACACACGGGAGACGGACCAGGGAGUUUACCAGUGCAUGGCCAAGAACGUGGCUGGAGAGGUCAAGACUUCCCAGGUCACACUCAGAUACUUUGGAGCCCCCUCGCGGCCCAGUUUUGUGAUCCACCCCCAGAAUACAGAGGUGUUGGUGGGGGAGAGUAUCACCCUUGAGUGUAGUGCUACAGGCCAGCCCCAGCCCCGGGUCUCCUGGACCAAGGGGGACCGCACGUCCUUGCCCACCGACGCCCGUAUCAACAUCACCCCGUCUGGGGGGCUGUUCAUCCAGAACGUGGUGCAGGCAGACGGAGGGCAGUACACCUGCUUCGCCUCCAACAAUGUGGACACCAUCCACGCCACCGCUCACAUCAUCGUACAGGCGACCCCCCAGUUCACAGUGACCCCCCAGGACCAGUCGGUGCUGGAGGGUCACACGGUGGACUUCACCUGUGAGGCCAGCGGCUACCCCCAGCCCGUCAUCGCCUGGACGCGGGGGGGCAGCCCCCUGCCCCAGGACCGACGCCACCUUGUCCUCUCCUCGGGCACACUGAGGAUCGCCCGCGUGGCGCCCCAUGAUGAGGGCCAGUAUGAGUGCCAGGCCGUCAGCCCGCUGGGCACGGUGCGCACAGCCGUACAGCUUAACAUCCAGCAGAGAGUAACGCCUGUUUUCACAAAUGCUCCAAGGGACGUGACUGUGGAGUCUGGCACAGACGUCCAGAUUCCCUGCAGAGCUCAGGGACAGCCCGAGCCUGUCCUCACCUGGAACAAGGACGGCAUCCAGGUGACGGAAAGUGGGAAGUUCCACAUCGCCCCUGAGGGCUUCCUGGAGGUCAAGGACGUGGGUCUAGCCGAUGGCGGACGCUACGAGUGUGUCGCCCGGAACCCCAUUGGCUACCAGUCCGCUACCAUGGUGCUCACCGUCCUAGUGCCUCCAGUGAGUAGGCAAGGGGACACCUUUGUGACCUCGUCUAUUGAAGAGGCCAUCCGCAACGUGGACAGUGCCAUCGAAUCCACCAGGAGGCAUCUGUUUGAUGGAAAUCCUCGUACCCCUGGCGAGUUGCUCGCCCUAUUCCGUUACCCCAGGGACCCCUACACGGUGGAGCAGGCUCGGGCGGGGGAGAUCUUCGAGCAGACCCUGCUCCUCAUCCAGAACCAUGUCAACCAAGGCCUCAUGGUCGACACCAAUGGCACAGCGUUCCGCUACAAUGACCUGGUGUCCCCUCACUUCCUGGAUGUCAUCGCCAACCUAUCAGGCUGCACGGCCCACCGCCGCUUCAACAACUGUUCUGACAUCUGCUUCCACCAGAAGUACCGCAGCCACGACGGCACCUGCAACAACCUGCAGCACCCCAUGUGGGGCGCCUCCCUCACCGCCUUCCAGCGCCUCCUCAAGUCGGUCUACGACAACGGCUUCAACCUGCCGCGCGGCGCCAGCGGCCGGCAGCAGCACGGCCACGCCCUGCCCCUGCCCCGCCUCGUCUCCACCACCAUGAUCGGCACGGAGACCGUUACCCCGGACGACCGCUACACCCACAUGCUGAUGCAGUGGGGGCAGUUCCUGGACCACGAUCUGGAUUCCACCGUUGCCGCCCUCAGCCAGUCACGUUUCUCCGACGGCCAGCUGUGCACUAACGUGUGCACCAACGACGCCCCCUGCUUCCCCAUCCAGUUCCCCCCGGGGGACCCUCGGCAGGCGCGCAGCGGAGCACGCUGCAUGUUCUUCGUGCGCUCCAGCCCCGUCUGCGGCAGCGGUAUGACGUCCCUCCUCAUGAACAGCGUGUUUCCACGGGAACAGAUCAACCAGCUGACGUCAUACAUCGACGCGUCCAACGUGUACGGCAGCUCACGCCACGAGUCGGAGGAGGUCCGCGACCUGGCCAGUCAGAGGGGUCUGCUGAGGCAGGGCAUCGUCCAACGCUCUGGGAAGCCCCUGCUACCCUUCGCCACGGGGCCCCCGACAGAGUGUAUGAGGGAUGAGAACGAGAGCCCCAUCCCCUGCUUUCUGGCUGGAGACCACAGGGCCAACGAGCAGCUGGGUUUGACAUCCAUGCACACAGUGUGGUUCAGGGAACACAACCGCGUGGCUACAGAGCUGCUCCGACUCAACCCACACUGGGACGGAGACACCAUCUACCACGAAGCAAGGAAGAUAGUUGGCGCACAGAUGCAGCACAUCACCUACAACCACUGGCUGCCCAAGGUCCUGGGUGAUGCGGGGAUGAAGCUGAUUGGUGACUACUGCGGCUACAACCCCAACGUCAACGCCGGCAUCCUCAACGCCUUCGCCACGGCCGCCUUCCGCUUCGGACACACCCUCAUCAACCCCAUCCUGUACCGGUUGGAUGAGAACUUCCAGCCCAUCCCCCAGGGCCACAUCUCCCUGCACCGCGCCUUCUUCUCUCCCUUCCGCAUUGUCAACGAAGGGGGCAUCGACCCCCUGCUGCGGGGCCUGUUCGGCGUGGCGGGGAAGAUGCGCGUGUCGACCCAGCUGUUGAACACGGAGCUGACGGAGAGGCUGUUCUCCAUGGCCCACUCCGUGGCGCUGGACCUGGCCGCCAUGAACAUCCAGAGAGGAAGGGAUCACGGGAUACCACCUUACAACGACUACCGGACCUUCUGUAACCUGACCUCGGCACAGAGCUUUGAUGACCUGAGGAAUGAGAUCAAGAACCCCCAAGUCAGGGAGAAGCUACAGAGGCUGUACGGCACUCCCCUGAACAUCGACCUGUUCCCUGCUCUGAUGGCUGAGGACCUGGUUCCUGGGAGCCGGCUGGGGCCCACCCUUAUGUGUCUGCUGGCUGCCCAGUUCAAACGACUCAGAGACGGGGACAGGUUUUGGUAUGAAAACCCAGGUGUGUUCACCCCGGCCCAGCUGACCCAGCUGAAGCAGGCGUCUCUGACAAGGGUGCUGUGUGACAACGGUGACAACAUCACCCGUAUCCAGCAGGACGUGUUCAACGUGGCAGAGCUGCCCCACGGAUACGGCAGCUGUGAUGACAUCCCCAACAUUGACCUGCGCAUGUGGCAGGACUGCUGCGAAGACUGCAGGACCAAGGGUCAGUUCAACGCCCUGUCCUACCAUUUCAGAGGGCGCAGGUCAGUGGAUCAGAGCUCUGCAGAGAAGAAGCCUGCCAACAGCAUACAGCAGAACAUCAGCCCAGCUGAAGACGCUCCUGAAAAUCUUGUGAAUGUCACUCUCACCUCACAACAAAGCACUGAACCCUCGCUGAAUGACUUCCAAGACUUUGUCGUAGACAUGCAGAAGACAAUCACAAGUUUACGAAAGCAGAUUAAACGACUAGAAGCUCGUCUGAGUAAGACAGACUGCACUGAUGCGGAGGGUCGUGAGCGAUCGGACGGAGAGAGGUGGAAGAUUGAUCCAUGUUCCACAUGCGAGUGCAAGGGUGCCCAGGUGACGUGUUUGGUGAAGUCGUGUCCGCCGGUGGAGUGCCAGAGGCCUGUGAAGCUAAAAGGAGCAUGCUGCCCCGUGUGUCACAACCAGGGAGAGGGAGUGGCCAGCAACAGCCAUACCCAGACAGGGAAACAGGCACCGGGUAGCCACCAGCAUGUAUAACGUUUCAGGGGCCACAGUGUAUACACACAGAGGGAGAGACCCUGACGGUGUGCUUACUUUACAGCCACCUGCACCCAAUUGCCUCGUUUUUAUUUUUUUGAAUUUUUUUACAAAAAUCAUUAUUAUUUUUUUUUCAUUGAUUUUGAUUGUCAUGUCUCCAUGGCCAACUAACUGCUGGAGGCUUGGUUUCAAAUCCACUGGCAACGGGAGAGCAGUCACUAUUAAUCUGCUUCCUUCUGGAACGAUGAAUGGCUGGAUGAAUAAAUGGAUGGAUGGACAGAUGGACAACCCCCCUUCCUGGCCCGGGGCCUCCCAAACAGGGCCUCUCUGAUCUGAAGUGUUACCCCACCACUGCAUUUGAAGGCCCCACAAAACGCCUGAAAAAAAUGUGUGGUGUGAAGAGGAGGGAAUGGCACUGCAGCCGCGCAGGAAGGGGAAGUAGGUUGGCCAUGUUGUCUCACAAAGCUUUCUCAGGUUAGAGAUGCCGGAAAAAAACUGGUGCUAUUUGUCCCCUUUAUCUUAAUGAUUUAGUCACUAAAAACUUCAAAGUAUUGUUUUUUUUUUUUUUUUUUUAACAAUAUACAAAGCAACAUAUACACUCAUUAUGUGCCUUCUCAUCUUUAAAAAAAAAUCGCAUUUGAGAUAACCUUUUUUUAUUUGCUCGAAAUACAUUUUAUGUACAAAAUUACUUCCGCUUUUACAAAAUGUUUAUGGUGCUCUAUAACAUAUUCUAAAUACCGGUAUGUAUUUCUCCCUUUUGUAUCACCUACUCACAUAUGAAGAUAAUGUGAAGCCCUACAAAAACUUGUGUAAUGCAAAGAUGUCUACUGAUUAUUACCUUGUUAUCGCAUCUGUCUCCAAUGGCAACUGUUGGUGAACUAAAUAACAUCUGGUAUUUAGAUAUGUUAUCUCCUCAAGGCCAUGUCAACACUUUUAUCAACUUGAGGGAUGUUGGUUGGAACUGGGGCUUGGGGUUGGGUUUGAGGCGGGAUGUUCUCUUUUGGCCUAACCACUUCUUACUGGAAGGCAUAAUGCAUUUUUAUCUCUCAAGAUCUAAUGCUUUUUUCACGCUACCAUGUUGUAAAAGCAGCGAAAAGCCAUUUGUUACCACUGUAGAGAUGUAGUCGUUUUUGUCCCGACGUUUUCAGUUCGCCUACUCCCUCAGUGCCUACUGCAAACCUACCACAGCAGUAUUCUCAGUCUUACCCCUAGUUAUCCCCUCUACCCCUCUGUCCAGCAUUAACCCAUACUCAAACGUAGACAUUGUAGAACUGCAGCCAUACCACUUUACUUUAACUAUCUGGUGCUCUCAUAACCGAACCCACAGCUUUUCAGCUCCAGUUUACAGAAGGACGCUCACUUACAUGCAUUCCUUUCCCAUUCCCAAGCACUCAGUCAAUAUGAUGUUGUAACCAUUCUCCUCUGUGUGCUGGAGAGUGUGUGUGUGUGUGUGUGUGUGUGUGUGUGUGUGUGUGUGUGUGUGUGUGUGUGUGUGUGUGUGUGUGUGUGUGUGUGUGUGUGUGUGUGUGUGUGUGUGACCAAUCAUCCGUUUUUUCUGACGGCUCCUCGGAGCGUCUCUUUAGCGUUAACGCACGCUGGUGAUAAACCUCGCCUGGCUCUCAUCUCUGAGGAUCCUGGGAGACGAUGGAGAUGGAGGUGACGUCAUUUGGCCGGGUGUGCGAGGCGCAGACUUUGACCUCUCUGACCCCCACUCCUAUCUAAUGGAAGCCAGAUGGGAGGGGAGGGGGAAGGAUGAGGAUGCCAAUCAAAUAUCUGGCACUGCUUUAUUUCUGGAGGCUGUCUAUUGUUAGUAAUCAGCCAACAGAGUGUGUCCCGUUGACAGACACACACACACACACACACACACACACACACACACACACACACACACACACACACACACACACACACACACACACACACACACACACAGGCCCAAAUACCAGUCACUCAGCCCCUUGUGCUGAUCCACUCUGCUCAAACAGUGAUUCAUAGUUAUCUUCUGCAUUAUCUUUGUGUUGUCAUGGUGAUGUGCUCAGAAUGUUCCAGAAAUCAGAUACAGUAUGUACAGUAUGCUGGAGGUGUUUGGGGUUUCUCCAAGAAUGUCAAAGCAAUCGUGAUGGUGGUGGAGCCGCAUAGCAAUGUUGGCACAUUGGUAUCAAACCACAUGGAUAUUUCCUGCUUUUGUGUUGUCGACCUAUACAGUUUCAUCUUCUUCAGUGUUUAACCUUUUCUUUUCUCUUCCCUGUCAUCUCCUUUGCGGUACCUUUGUUUUUACUCCUGCUCCAGUGUGUGUGUGUGUGUGUGUGUGUGUGUGUGUGUGUGUGUGUGUGUGUGUGUGUGUGUGUGUGUGUGUGUGUGUCUGUACUGUGUGUGUGUGUGUGUGUGUGUGUGUGUGUGUGUGUGUGUGUGUGUGUGUGUGUGUGUGUGUGUGUGUGUGUGUGUGUGUGUGUGUGAAUGUGUAUGCAUGAACUCACCGGGUUUGGCUCCCCCUUUUUAUUUUCAUUCUAACUCCUCAUCUUAGUGGUCUCUCUUUUGUUCCCCAAACCCACCACUGUCAACGGAAUGCACUGCUCUCAAGACUGAACAUGCUUUACCUACACUGUCCCAAACGUCAGUGGUCAAAGUGGAUACCUAUCUGACAAUUGUAUUGUAAGUUUGCCAAAGAAUUGUUUGCACUGUAAUGUAUGCCUCUCUACAACAAUAAUAAAUAAAAAAAAUAGGCCACAUUUGAAAUACACAACCACAA